CCCGACCCGGAGCCCCCUUGCCAGGGCGCGCCAGGGCCAGCCUGCCUGCGGUCCCCCUGCCCGGCCGGCGAUGGCCCCGCUCGGGUACUUCUUCCUCCUCUGCGCGCUGGAGCAGGCGCUGGGCAGCUACCCGAUCUGGUGGUCCCUGGCCAUCGGACCCCAAUACUCGUCCCUGGCCACGCAGCCCAUUCUCUGUGCCAGUAUCCCCGGCCUGGUGCCCAAGCAGCUGCGCUUCUGCCGCAACUAUGUGGAGAUCAUGCCCAGCGUGGCUGAGGGCGUGAAGAUCAGCAUCCAGGAGUGCCAGCACCAGUUCCGGGGCCGCCGCUGGAACUGCACCACCGUCAAUGGCAGCCUGGCCAUCUUUGGGCCAGUGCUGGACAAAGCCACCCGGGAAUCAGCCUUCGUGCACGCCAUCGCCUCGGCCGGAGUGGCCUUUGCUGUGACACGCUCCUGUGCCGAGGGAGCUGCUGCCAUCUGUGGCUGCAGUAACCGCCAUCAGGGCUCACCCGGUGAAGGCUGGAAGUGGGGUGGCUGCAGUGAGGACAUCGAGUUCGGUGGGAUGGUAUCUCGGGAGUUUGCGGAUGCCCGGGAGAACCGGCCGGAUGCCCGCUCUGCGAUGAACCGCCAUAACAACGAGGCGGGUCGGCAGGCGAUCGCGGGCCAGGCGCGGCUCAAGUGCAAGUGCCACGGGCUGUCGGGCAGCUGCGAGGUGAAGACGUGCUGGCGCGCGCAGCCGGACUUCCGCGCGGUGGGCGACGCGCUCAAGGACAAGUACGACAGCGCGUCCGAGAUGGCGGUGGAGCGGCACCGCGAGGCGCGCGGCUGGGUGGAGACGCUGCGGCCGCGCCACGCGCGCUUCAAGGCGCCCACGGAGCGCGACCUGGUGUACUUCGACGCGUCGCCCGACUUCUGCGAGCCCGACGCGCGCACCGGCUCCUUCGGCACGCGCGGCCGCGCCUGCAACGCCAGCUCGGCCGGCAUCGACGGCUGCGACCUGCUGUGCUGCGGCCGCGGCCACGACGCGCGCACCGAGCGGCGCCGCGACAAGUGCCGCUGCGUCUUCCACUGGUGCUGCUACGUCAGCUGCCAGGAGUGCCCGCGCCUCUACGACGUGCACACCUGCAAGUAG